CUUCUCUCUUUUGUGUGUGGCUUAAAGCUUCUUCUUUAUCACUCCCAAAAAGAGGACGUCAGCAGCAGUAGCACAUAAAACGUUAAAGAAAGAAGACUUUCCCAGAAGAAAAGGUAUAGACAGUAAUCUCUAAGGUGUUUGUGUGCGGCUGACUUCUCUGUGGGUGCUGAGCCCUUACUUCCUUCAGCAUCAUGGGGGAACUCUUCAGAAGUGAAGAGAUGACUCUGGCUCAGCUCUUCCUCCAGUCAGAAGCUGCCUACUGUUGUGUCAGUGAACUGGGAGAGAUUGGGAUGGUGCAGUUUCGUGAUCUAAAUCCUGACGUCAGUGUUUUCCAUCGAAAGUUUGUCAAUGAAGUGCGGCGAUGUGAGGAGAUGCAUCGCAAGCUGAGGUUUGUGGAGAAGGAGAUCAAGAAGGCUGACAUCCCAGUAAUUGACACCGGAGAAAACCCUGAAGUUCCCUUCCCACGGGAUAUGAUUGACCUGGAGGCCACGUUUGAAAAACUUGAAAAUGAACUGAAGGAAAUAAACACCAACCAAGAAGCUCUGAAGAAAAACUUUCUGGAACUCACUGAGCUCAAACACAUUCUGCGUCGCACCCAGCAGUUCUUUGAGGAGAUGGAGGACCCCAGUUUGGAGGAAUCAUCUAUCCUCUUAGACCCCAAUGAACCCAACAAAGUGGCUCCUCUCAGACUAGGGUUUGUAGCUGGAGUAAUUGGCAGAGAACGCAUUCCAACUUUUGAAAGGAUGCUGUGGAGAGUUUGCAGAGGAAAUGUUUUCCUGAGGCAGGCAGACAUUGAAGAUGCUCUUGAGGACCCUUCUACGAGUGAUUGCGUCUACAAAUCCGUCUUCAUCAUUUUCUUCCAAGGAGACCAGCUCAAGAAUAGAGUUAAAAAGAUUUGUGAGGGGUUCAGAGCAUCUUUGUACCCAUGUCCCGAAACAUCACAGGAAAGGAAAGAAAUGCUGGCAGGAGUCAACGCACGCAUUGAUGAUCUCCAAAUGGUGCUGAAUCAGACAGAGGAUCACAGACAGAGGGUUCUCCAAGCUGCAGCUAAGACGCUCAGGGUGUGGUUCAUUAAAGUCAGGAAGAUGAAGGCCAUCUAUCACACCCUCAACCUCUGUAACAUUGACGUCACUCAGAAAUGUCUGAUCGCGGAGGUGUGGUGUCCCGUCUCUGACCUGGACUCCAUUCAGUUUGCCCUCCGCAGGGGCACAGAGAAGAGCGGUUCCACUGUGCCUUCAAUCCUUAAUAGAAUGCAGACCCAGCAGACGCCACCCACCUACAACAAGACAAACAAGUUCACCUGUGGCUUCCAGAAUAUUGUGGAUGCUUACGGAAUCGGCAGCUACCGUGAGAUUAACCCAGCGCCGUUCACCAUCAUCACCUUCCCCUUCUUAUUUGCGGUUAUGUUUGGCGAUCUGGGCCAUGGGAUUCUCAUGACCUGUGCUGCUCUCUACCUGGUGUUGAGAGAGACCAGGCUCAUAGCCCAGAAGAACGAUAACGAGCUAUUCAACAUGGUGUUUGCUGGACGCUAUAUCAUCCUGCUGAUGGGAAUGUUCUCAGUCUACACUGGCAUCAUUUACAAUGACUGCUUCUCCAAGUCCCUUAACGUGUUUGGCUCUGGCUGGAGCGUCAAGCCUAUGUUCAUCCCUUCAGUUGGUGGCAACUGGACUUUUGACUUGCUCCAAAAUACAUCUGUUCUCCAGUUGGAUCCAGCAGUAAAAGGGGUGUUCAAUGGACCGUAUCCCAUUGGCAUUGAUCCGUUGUGGAACAUAGCUAUCAACAAGCUCACAUUCCUCAACUCCUUCAAAAUGAAAAUGUCUGUUAUCCUCGGCGUUGUCCACAUGUUGUUCGGAGUUGCGCUCAGCCUCUUCAACCACCUGUACUUCAAGAAAUCCCUGAACAUCUACCUGGGCUUCAUCCCAGAGAUCAUCUUCAUGUCCAGCCUUUUUGGCUACUUGGUCAUUCUGAUCUUCUAUAAGUGGGUGGCAUACAAUGCAGCAAUCUCCAAGGACGCCCCGAGUCUCCUCAUUGCUUUCAUCAACAUGUUCCUCUUCAACUACAGCGACCCGAGUAACAAACCUCUCUACAGAGGACAGAUGGUUCUUCAGUCGCUGUUGGUGAUAAUUGCACUGGUGUGUGUUCCCUGUAUGCUGGUAGUGAAAACUCUGGUCUUACGGAGACAGCACUUGUGGCGAAAGCAUUUGGGCACGCAGAACUUGGGCAGCAUUCGGGUAGGCAAUGGGCCUACUGAAGAUGAGGCGGAAAUCAUCCAGCAUGACCAGUUAUCGCAGCAGUUCGAGGAGGAACCAGAGCGUUGCCUUUUGUCAACUGCUUUCAAGGCCCGUGAGAAUGAAGAGCAGUUUAACUUUGCGGAUGUGGCAGUGAACCAGGCCAUCCACACCAUUGAGUACUGUCUGGGCUGCAUCUCCAACACGGCAUCCUAUUUGAGACUUUGGGCCCUCAGUCUGGCUCAUGCUCAGUUGUCUGAGGUGUUGUGGUCUAUGGUGAUGCACACUGGACUUUCCAGUCGCAGCCUGGCGGGGUUCAUUCUUCUGUCCUUGGUGUUUCUCUUCUUUGCUGUUCUCACAAUCGCCAUCCUGCUCAUUAUGGAAGGAUUGUCAGCCUUCUUGCAUGCACUGCGACUACACUGGGUGGAGUUCCAGAACAAGUUUUACACCGGUCAGGGCUUCAAGUUUCUCCCCUUCACCUUUGAGGCCAUUUUGGAAGGAAGGUUUGACGACUGAGACAAGACGAUUCUCGAGUCGGUCUCCUGAGAACUGGCGUGAUGUGGUGAAUGCUGGGUUUUGUUCAGUGCAGUUUUCCCCCCUCAGGUUUCAUGAUGGCAGUAAAGCAUCCCCCCACAGUGACCUGAGGUCUGUCAGACUGCCGUUUAUAUCAAAAAGGCACUUUUUUUUUUAGAAUCAGCAUGUUGAACAUCUAAUUCUUAAAAAAAAAAAAAAAAAAAAAAAAAAGUAUUUCAUUCCUGAAGAAGAAAAAAUAGCGUCUGUUUUGUGACUUACUUUAGCUUUGUGUUGUUUGUGCACUCGUCUGUUAAGCGGCACAGAUUUCUUCACUGGCAGCAUGGCGUUCUGAUCGUAAGUGAAGUCAGCAAUCAACCUCUUUUUUUUUUUUUGUUGCACAGAGCAGUUCUGUGUCAUUUCAGACAUGCAUACAUGAAGUCGUCUCAUGGGCAGAACUGAGAAGGGACAAAACACUAAUCUGUGGUCAGGAUGUCCACGCUGUCACAUCUCUUAUAUCCUGAGCUGUGCUUUAACAUUUAUACUCGCUUGUUGUGUUCGUGAUCUGCACAUGGACCAAGUGAAGGAUGUUAAUCUGUAGCAUUUUUGUUUCAUGAUGCACUAAAAUGAUUAUCUGUUUGUUUUUUUUUUCUUCAUGUUCACAACAUUAGAAGGAAGAGGGGGGAAAAAGAACACGGCAGAUGUAUAUAAACAGAAUCUGCUCCACGUAUUCAUUGGUCACUUCUCCUUGUCCAAUAAAGUGGGGUGAAAAU